CAAAGGCCGCCCUCAGAGCCACAGUGGCUUCGGGCAUCCGGUCCAUCUAUGGGUAUUGCUUUACCGGACGGGUGGCAACCUGGUCUCCAUUUUCCUUUGAGGCAAACCUCCUGGAGUCAUGGGUGCUGCAAACACUGGGAGAUUUGUCUCAGAAGGCGCCCUUUGGUGAUGGGAGAGUGACCCUCGGCCUAGCGUUUGAUCUGUGGUUUCUUCCCAAGGAGAUUCUGGUUCCUCUGUUUGAUCAAAUCAAGGCCUUUGGUAUCAAACACAUUACUAGCCACCAGACCCCCCCACCACCUGGCCAGCCUUCUUCCGUCCAGGUCAUGGAAUCUUGCGGGCUGCUCUCGUCCUCGGUUCUGCUCUCCCACGCCAAUCAUCUGUCACCGACCGACAUCGCCCUGAUCAAGAAAAGAAACGCACACAUCUCGUCAACACCGUCGCUCGAGCUUCAGAUGGCUAUGGGCGAUCCUGCAUGCUUCGACCACCGCCGAGACAUUGCGUCACAGUGUUCGCUGGGGGUGGACUGCCACAAUGUGACCCUCGCCAGCAUGCCCGCCGAGAUGCGGACGGCCCUGAGCUACGGUCGAGGUGUCGUGAACAAUGAAUACUUGAAACUCGGAAAGUAUCCGGUUCACAUGUACAAGUCGGUCCAGGAGGUCUAUGCCUUGGGCACCAUUUGUGGCGCCCGAGCCGUCGGGCUGGAGCAGGAGAUUGGCAGUCUGGCGGUGGGAAAAAAGGCCGACAUCAUCAUCUUGGACUCCUUGGCGCCCCACAUGAUUGCCGGAGCACAGCACGACCCUGUAACGGCGAUUGUGAUGCACUCGACGCCCAGAGAUAUCACGAUCACGAUGGUGGACGGAGUCAUCCGCAAAAGGGACAGCGUCUUGUUGCCCACCCAAGCAACCCAAGAUGCUCACCAUUAUGCCGAGGGUCUCCCGUCGGAGGUGAGCUGGAUGGAAGUGGCCAAACAACUUCUCCAAACGCGAGAGACCAUCCAAGCCCGGAUCGAGAAAACCGACCUUGAGGCGGCGGGACAGACGGCCCGAGCCAUGUUUGGAUACGGCGACGAUCGGCUGCUGGACAGUCUUUCUGGGCAGCGACCGAGUCUAUAGCAUAGCUAAACGAUACUUGAUGGCCAUUGAUAGUUGAUUUCGUCUUGGAUCAAGCUGAUAGAGUAGCUA